AUGCCUCCAAAGGCGCUUUUGGGAUCUGAGAGGGACAGGGAGAUAGAGGCGGAUAGGAGGGCCGUUACUUGGGCCAAGAUCAGUCUGCUAGGCCUCCUGCACCCGGGACUCCACCUCCCAGAAAGCAGCUGUCACAACACAAGAGGGAAGGAGGAUGGACUCUGGAGGUUUGCUGGGGGUCUCAGGGGCCAUCUCUCAGGAAAGGGCAUCAGGUUUCUGGUUGCGGGAUCCGGGUCUACUUCUGGAGAAUAUGAGGAGGUCGUCCAGGUGAAUGCCUUUCUGUCCUUUGUGGUUCCCAUGGUGGCCAUAUCUGUGCUGAACGGGGUCAUAGCCAAUCAGCUGCUGCGAAUGUUCCGCGAGGCAGAGCAGGAAAACCGCGUCUGCAUCAUUGGGGGAAAUCCCACCAUGCUGAAUGUCACGGUGGAGCCAAACCGUGCUCAGUCGCUUCGCCAUGGAGUUCUUGUCCUCCGAGCGGUGGUCAUUGCGUUCGUGGUCUGCUGGCUGCCCUAUCACGCUCGCCGCCUCAUGUUUUGCUACAUCUCUGACUGGUCUGAUGACUUGUAUGACUUCUACCACUAUUUCUACAUGCUGACCAAUGUCCUGUUCUACGUCAGCUCGGCCAUCAAUCCCAUCCUCUACAACCUGGUGUCAGCCACCUACCGCCAGAUCUUCUUCUCCACCCUGCGCUACUUCUGCAUGCCCUGCCAACAUAGGCCCAGGAGGCACCCCCACCCCUUGACCCGCCACUCCAUUAGCAUCUCCAGCAACCACACCCUCUCCACCAACAUCAUCAAAGAGACGGCGUACUAAGUGUGGUGGAAUACACUUUGUCUGUACUGUGUUUACUGGUCCGACUUUAAGGAAAUUCUGGGACAGGGCUGGAGACUUUACAGGGGCCACCAUCAUUGUCAUGUGGGGUCAAAUGCCCACUCUGAGACCGUGGUUAUUUAAUUUCAGACUUUGUACAUUUUGUUGUGAGAUGUUACUUCCUUAUGAAGCAUAACAUGAGUUUGUAUUGUAAAAAGAAGAAUGAAAAAAGAAAGGAAGGUCGAUAUAAACAGUUAAUCCUUAACAUCAAACUGAUAUAUGAAUGUUUUGUACAAUGUUUCUAUAUGUACAUGUACAAACAUUUUUGCGGACCAGUCAUUCUCACUUGCUUGGUGCUAAACAGUAGAAAUUACUGUUUCAGUGUCUUUAAGAAAGAACUUUAAAAAUUAUCCUGAAAGUAAGAAUGGCCUCUGGCAAAAAUUCUAUAAAACUUCUGAUGUAAGCCUCUGUGUUAUUCAGAAUGGGCACCUGUGGAUAAUCCUUGCUUUGAUGUUAGAAAAAAGGUGGAUGCAAAGAGUGGGUAUUUCUCUUCCUUGUGUCUGAGUUGCACUGACAGCUGUGUCGGAAGAAUCUCUUCCAUUUCCGUCCCUCUCUUCACUAAAAUCAGGAUUGUUUUUGAUCAGAAAUGUAGUAGUUUAGAGGAUAUGUCAAGAUUAUGCUAGUAUGAAGACAAUUUGGCAGGUGAACUCUUAAAACUCUGAAAUAUGAACGCCAUGGGAUUUCCAGAGAAAAACAUAAAAAACAGCUUUCAGAGCUACAGAAGUGGCUGCAAUUUAUUAUUUGAAGGAUUCAUACAAAUCAGUAGUGGCCGUGGGGAGUAAAUAACAUAUGGUAGAAACUGUGCUAAUUUUGCCAGCAAUUUUUUGCUUGAUCCUGAAAUAAAACGUCUAUGUUAGAUUCGGUUGUAUUUAUCAACAUCAAUAUUUUGAGUCAGUUUAAAAAAACUGAAUGAACAUUGUCUUGUCUUAGUCUUAGAAAAAGACUAAGAGUCAUCAUUUUAGUCAAAAUGUUUUUAGGUAAAAUUUCACAUAGCUGGUUGUUAAAGAGGCAGCUGCAACACAGUGGCAGGCGAUGCAAUCUUAUUGGGCAACUGCGACAGUCCUUAAAAUGUUCACUUAAAGUGAUUGUUUUUCACCAAUAGUCUGGCAAAAUUGCACAUGCCUCGCUCAACAAGAAGUCUUACUCUCAGCUGUGCAGCAGCUAGUUGUCCCUCUGCUGCUUGUAGCCUCUCUCUCUCUUUUUGUUCACUCUUCAGUUUGAAGGAGCUCUUUGUCAGCACACUCAGGCUCCAACAAGUAGUGACAACCAUCGAAUUCAAAUAAUUCAUUGACAUUGUCCAUCAGAAAAAGAUUCAGCCAUAACAGUUUUCUCUGUAAAAUCCAAACUCUACUCUCCAACUCUCUUUCUUACUCUGACUUUCAUUCACGUUACCACCUCCUUCUUCCUUCAACAGACUUGAGGGUGAGACGUUUUGUUGAGCGAGACGAUGUUGCCAGAUUCUUAGAAAAGACCAAGAACUUUAUUGGAGGAUAAAAAAGUUUUUGUUGACUUUUAGUUAAUUUUGAGGACUGUCGCAGUUGCCCCAUGAGAUUACAUUGUAGCCACUGCUGCUGUGUCAUGGCUGCCAUGCGAGCGGAGGCAAACUACUCGACGGAUGACAAACGUUUUUGUAAAUACUAUUCAUUUACACUCACACACAUUUAUAAACAGAAUUUUUUUGCAAUAUAAAUCAAUCAGAAAGUAACAAGAAAAAAGAAAAGUUUUCAAAAUAAAAAAAAAGCUUGUUCAAUAAA